UUCAGUUGCCUGCGGACAUGGAUGACAGCUACUUCUCGAUACAGCGGCGUGCCCUGGAAAUCGUCGGGUUCGACCCCAGCACACAGCGCCUUCACAUGAGACGGCCCCUGUGGGCUGGGCUCCUCAUCCUGUCCCUGGUCUCGCACAACUGGCCGAUGAUCGUCUAUGGCCUGCAGGAUCUCAGCGAUCUUACCCGGCUCACCGACAACCUGGCCGUCUUCAUGCAGGGAUCCCUCUGCACCCUCAAGUUCCUGGCCUUCAUCGUGAAGCGGCGCCGCAUCGGCGCCUUGGUGCAUCGCCUGCACGGGCUCAACCGGGAGGCCUGUGCCAGCCCCCAGCAGCGGGAGAAGAUCCUCCGGGAGAACCGAUUGGACAUGUAUGUAUCGAGAGCGUUCAGGAAUGCCGCUUACGCGGUGACUGUUGCCUCUAUGAUAGCCCCCAUGCUGAACGGCCUGAUUGCCUACCUAACCGAGGGCGUCUUCCGGCCGACCACGCCCAUGGAGUUCAACUUUUGGCUGGACGAGCGGCAGGCCCGCUUCUAUUGGCCCAUCUACGCUUGGGGCGUGCUGGGCGUGGCAGCCGCCGUGUGGCUGGCCAUAGUAGCCGAUACGCUCUUCUCCUGGCUGGUGCACAACGUGGUGGCGCAGUUCCAGCUGCUGAAGCUGCUCCUGGCAGACAAGGAACGGCAGCAGGCGGUGGACAGUGACAGCCACCUGGCCGAGUGCAUUCGACGCCACCGCCUGGCCCUGGAACUGGCCCGAGAGCUGAGCGCCAUCUUCGCGGAGAUCGUGUUCGUGCAGUACAUGCUCAGCUACCUGCAGCUCUGCAUGCUGGCGUUCCGCUUCACCCGCAGCGGCUGGAGCUCCCAGGUGCCCUUCCGCGCUGCCUUCCUGGUGACAGUGUUCAUCCAGCUGAGCUCCUACUGCUACGGCGGGGAGUACCUUAAGCAGCAGAGCUCCGGCGUGGCCCUGGCCGUCUACUCCGGCUGCGACUGGUCGCAGAUGCCCCCGGCCAGGCGUCGCCUCUGGCAGAUGAUGAUCAUGCGGGCCCAAAGGCCAGCCAAAGUGUUUGGCUACAUGUUCGAUGUGGAUCUGCCGCUGCUCCUCUGGGUAACAAGGACGACGGGCUCGUUUCUGGCCCUGCUGCGGACAUUCGAGCGAUAA